AUGGGGGUGGAGAUGGCGGCGAUGGUGAUGGUGGUAAUGGAAGUUGGUGGUGGCGGUGCUGAUAGAGGUGGAGGUGGUGAUGGAGUAGCAGUGACGAUGGUGGAAGAUGGCAGUAAUAGUGAAGGCGCUAACAGUGGUGGUGGUAAUAGUGAAGGUGGUGGUAAUAGUGAAGGUGGUAGCAAUGGCGAUGGUGGAAGGUGGUGGCAAUGGUGGAAGUCGGUGGUGGUGACAGUGGCUAAAGACAGUGGAGGUGGUAACGGUGUGUUGGUUGAAGGUGGAAACAAUGAUGGUGAUAGUAGUGACGGUGGUGGUGAUAGUGAAAAUCAGCGGUACGUGGUUACGGUGGAAGGUGGUUUUUGA